AUGCGCGCAGCACGAUACUACGGAAAAGAGGAUAUUCGGAUUGAGGAUGUGGAGCAGCAGGAGUGUGGAGCGGGGCAAGUCAGAAUUGCCCCGGCCUACGUAGGUAUCUGCGGUUCGGAUCUCCACGAAUAUCUCGGUGGACCUACCUUUGCACCAACAGAGCCUCACCCAUGUACCAAAGACACGAUUCCUAUCACCCUAGGACAUGAGUUUUCAGGUGUCGUCACAGAAGUAGGGUCACCCGACUCUGCCUUCUCCAUAGGCCAAAACGUCUGUAUCCAACCCAGCAUAUACUGCGGAGCCUGUGAAGCAUGCAAAGCAGGCUGCGAAAAUGUCUGUUUCAACGGCGGCUUCAUCGGACUAUCCGGUGGUGGCGGCGGCCUGAGCGACUCCGUCGUCGUACCCGAAGCCGCAGUCUUGCAACUACCAGACAACAUUCCUCUCGACAUAGGCGCGCUGGUCGAGCCCCUGAGCGUAGCCUGGCAUGCCGUAUCCGCCGCACCGGUAACUCCCGAUUCGACCGCGUUGAUCCUCGGUGGCGGUCCCAUCGGCCUCGCCAUCGUCCAAUGUCUCGUCGCCAAAGGCGUAGGCAAAAUCAUCGUUAGCGAAAUAUCAGGCACCCGCCAGCGCUUUGCAAGAGAGUUUGGCGCCCAUCACGUCUUGUGUCCCAAGACGUACGACAUCGUCAAGAUAAGCAAGGCGCUCAGCAACGGCGGUCCGGAUGUAGUUUUCGACUGCGCAGGCGUACCGGCCAGUCUCACCACGGCGUGUACAGCUGUGCGGCCCAAGGGCACAAUAGUCAACGUGGCGAUUUGGGAAACGGAAGUGCCGUUUAAUCCCAACUUGCUGGUUUCGCGCGAAGCAAAGUAUACGGCUGUGCUGGGGUAUCGGCGGGAUGAUUUCCAGGCUGUGCUGGAUUUGUUGGCUUCUGGCAAGUUGAAACCUAAUAAGAUGAUUACGAGGAAGAUUCAGUUGGAGGAUCUUGUGGAGAGUGGUAUCAAGGCUCUUAUUCAUGACAAGGAGAAUCAGGUCAAGAUUUUGGUCGAGGUGGGAGCCAUGGGUCGGGUUGAUUCUGCUAUACAUUGA